ACAGUUUCCCCUCCACUGUGGUUGACUGUUAAAAACAUUGUGUCACUACAGUGAGUCACACAGAUGCAAGACAGUGCAGGGAGAAGACACAGCUACAGACGUACAAUAGAGUUGAGAUUAGAAAUAGAAGUUAUUGUAUUUGACCACAAGUGUGUUAAGAUGUCAGAGGGAGUCUAUGAAAACGAUGAGCCUGAAGCAAUGAAGAACACAGACAUUGAUGGCCAAUUAUAUGGCAACGUAGGAGCCUUCAAGCCCAGUACAAGAGAUGGAGUUGUUGCUUCAGUACCUGUGUCCACAGAACCUGAUAACUCAGGGAAGAGAUCCUCCAGAGUUGCUGCAGUGUGUCUGGGGCUGCUGUGUGUUCUACUUGCUGGGAUCAUAGGCCUGUCUGUCUACUAUUAUGGGAUUUAUAAGGGUUUCUUAGCCUAUACAACCAACUCAUCUGCAGAGAGAGACCAGCUACAGACCAGCUACAACAACCUGACUACUGAGAGAGGCCAGCUACAGACCAGCUACAACAACCUGACUACUGAGAGAGACCAGCUACAGACCAGUUACAACAACCUGGCUAAACAGAUAGAACAGCUACAGACUGAGAGAGAUUUUCUUAGGGGGUGGCUUACCAAGUGCAAACAAACCUGUCCUGCUGGCUGGCAGAAGUUUGAAUCCAGCUGGUACUUCCUGUCUACUGAGACUAAAACCUGGAAGGAGAGCAGAGAGGAUUGUCUGGAGAGAGGAGCAGACCUGGUGAUCAUAAACAGUGAUAAGGAACAGAAAUUUCUCUUCGACCUCAAGAGGAGAGUCUGGAUUGGUCUGACCGAUUCGGUUAAUGAGGGGACCUGGAAAUGGGUGGACGGCACCCCACUGACCACAGGGUACUGGUAUGCCAAACAGCCUGAUAAUGCAGGUACUAAUGGGGACGAGGACUGUGCUGAGAUAGCCAAAGAUCAGAGUCCUCUGAAGGCAUGGAAUGACUUGUCAUGUGACAGCAUAAUCAACUGGGUACUGGGGGACAGGACAGACUGAUAAUGGUGCUCUGUUCUAUGGGCAGGAGGACUGUGUUGAGAUUUACUAUGGACAAGAUGACCAAGUAAAGACAUUAAACUGGAUCUGUGAGAAAGUGGUGUAACAAUAACCUACUGUUGGAGAAUACAAUCCUAGGGGAGGGACCUUGGACCUUCUCCUGUAUUAGGGUUGAAAUGAGGAGAUGAAUCUGUUUGGCUGAGUGUAUGUAGACAUACUGUACUCUGUAAAAUGCUUCUUCAUUCCUUUUGUUAGAUACAUGUCAUGUGAUUUGCAGUUGGCUUAUGCUCAGUAAAAAAAAAGUGGGACAA